GAGGUCGCUCGAGGCUGGUCCUUCAGAAGCUUUCUGAUGGCGGCGGGCCUUCCUUCGCUGAGCUACCUCUUGCAGAAUUUGUGCGUCCAGGUGGCGUAUCAACAGCUGGACGGCAUCGUUUUCAACAUCUUGAACCAGACAAAGAUGCUUUUCACGGCUUUCUUCGUCUACCUGAUUCUUGGAAGGCGGCAGUCCCCCGCGCAGUGCUGCGCGCUUCUGCUCUUGUCCUUCGCUGGUGUCCUCGUGAGCCUCUCGGAGGCAAAGGAGGCAAAGGCCUCCGGCUCGGCGUCGGCGUCGAGCUCUGAGAGCUUUUGGAUGGGCAUCUGUUGCAUCCUGUCUGCAUCCGCACUGUCCGGCUUCGGCGGGGCAGUCUCCGAGUGGGUUCUACAGCGAGAACAGCGCAAUAGCUACCUCUUUAGCUGUGAGAUGGCCGUGCUUGGCUGCUCUGCGAUCUUUGCGGGUCGCUUCUUGAGUAAUCAGCAGGAGGAGGGUCUCUUUGAGCGAUGGACCGGGCGAACCCUCAUCCCGGUCCUGACGCAGGGCUGGGGUGGCAUCGUGGUUGGCCUCAUUGCAAAGACAUCUGGGAGCGUUCGCAAGGGCUUCGCAGUGAUGGUUGGCCUCCUCUUGACCUGCUUGCUGAAGUGGGCGGUGGAGGGCAAAGAACUUAGUUGGUCAGCUGUCGUUGCAGUGCCGCUGGUGGCACUGAGCAUCUACCUGCACGCGCGAUAUCCCCCUCAAGCCUUGGCAAAGAGGUCCUAA